UUGAAUCUCUCGUCUUUGACCAAAACUAAAUAUGUGGGAGAACCUUCUCUCAAAUUCGUUUUCGAAUUUGUUCUCAAAUUCUUCCAUCUUCUUUCAGAAUCAUGAAGGUCCUGCCAUUCUGCCUGCUCGUCUGCUUGCUCCCCCUGCAGGCCACCGCCUCCGAGUUCGKAAAUACAACCUGCACCCCGGAACUGGAAAACACGCGCGCGCGCUAYGAGAAGUUCAAAAGGCAGCACGUGGACAAGAAGAUGGCGGCGCAAAAAUGCACKGCAGUGAUGAAACAGAAGAAGAUCUACGACGACAACAACGUCUGCAARAAGACGAACACGUUCAUUCUCGCUGAUGCCAAGGAAGUCCAGUCUGUCUGUAAGGGUCAAGGCGUUUAUAAUAACGRAAGUCAUUACACGGAGAGCAAAAAGAAGUUCAGAGUUGUGGUUUGUACGGUCAAGAAGCAAGCCAGGAAACCCAAAUGUGAAUACAAGGGGAAACGGCUGAAUAACAGAGUCAUUGCUGUGAGUUGYCAAGAUGGUUUACCUGUGCACUUCGCAGGAGAUCACAAGUAAACUUCAUUGUGAGAAAAAUGCUUUAAAACAAGAUGCUAAUCUUUUCUGAACAACUUUUUAAAAUUAGAUACUUACUAUAUAUACACCUUUUGACACAUUUUAAGAAACAACUAUGUCUUUCAUUUUUUGGCGUAGAAAAGAAACAACCUAAUAUGUAUUUUCCUCAAAGUGUAAACAGAAUAAAACCAUUACAUUGAACCUACUGCUUAAGAAAGAGCUGUGUUGUGCUUAUGUUGAUGACCAUGAAUUACAUGCUAAUAACAAUAGUGUUUCAGAAAACAAAAGUUGAAAUAUUACAUGGAAUCCUGGAUUAAAAUAWWCCAACAGAGGAAGAAGAUGGAAAAGACUUGACG